UAGGAAAGCCUAUAAAAGUCUGAAAAAGGUGUUUUUGCGUUGAGUUAAAGAUACGGGAAUUUUAGGAUAGGACAUUUAUGAUUUAUUUAUUAGAAAAAAAAUGUAAAAUAUAAUGUGUCUGUUAAACGGUACAGGCCAAUUAUUUAUUUAUAAUAAAAUAUAGCAUAUUUAUUUUAAUUUUCGCUGAUGAAACAAUGGUCUAUUUGAUCAUAGAUUUUAGCACACGCUCCUAGUAAGUUGGAGGUCGGAUCACGCCUUGUUCAGCAUGUAAUAAAUAGGACUAGAAUGUCGAAACUCCUAUCUCAACAUUUAACAUCAAAUUAAUGUUACUUUUUAGUUUAACUAUUACGCAAAUUUACAUUAUUUCCUUAACUCUUCCUUGCUACCCAGCAGAGGUACACAGCAGGCUGUAAAUAAACCCAGUGAUGCCAAACUAAUAUCCACCAAUGAUCUUUUAUUCUUAACCAUGACGUGAUUACUCUCCUUAUCUCUAUUAACAUAUCGAAAUGCGUUAAACUUAGUACUGCUAAUGCGUAUGGAAGUUAAAAUGUAUUUCCGGUAGGGCCUUAUCGUUGAACGUGAGUACUACACGUAUGUAUGGAUGAAGUUAAAAAGACCAUUAACUGAUUACCAAGCUCUUAAAAUGUUCAAGUGAAGAAAGGUAACGUAAAACAACAUUCAGAUGAACCGAAUCACUCGAUAAGAAAGACCUUGUUACAUUACUACCUUUCUUUGUUAGUAUUAAAGACAAGAGGAAAACAAAGCCUCAGUCAGUGUCUGAUAAUUAAGGUAAUCUCCCUGUUUUUUCAUCUUUAGUUGGUUAAUAAAAUCCUAUGAGAAAAUUUUGUCUCUUUCCUAAGAAGGUAUUUGCCCACAACCCCAUGUUUUCCCUUUCAAAUCUCGUGUUUAAUAGGGGCUCUUGUAGUAGUAGUAGUAGAAGUAGUAGUAGUAGGUAGUAGUAGUAGUAGUAGUAGUAGUAGUAGUAGUCGGUACAUGCCUUUGGAACGGUUUCUGGCUCUCUGUAUUUUCAUGAUUCUAUUGUAGACGUUGAGAUGUUUACCGAGUGAUAGAUUAGUCUUAUGUUAUCUGCCCCCUUGAAAUAACCGUGGAGCAGGCCUUUGGUGGCGGGGCGGGCGGGGCAGUGGGGGGAGGGGGGGUCAUUACUUGGCCUAGAGGGCGCAAUAAACUCAGAGCCGUGAACCAUAAGUCAGUCGUGUAGGCAUAAUACAAACACAAAGGAAUAAUUGACAGAAAUGAUUGUUUCUUUGGUGCAUGGCGAAGGAGACGAUUGCAAGCAUUAUGACUACAGAACUCUGCUUUUACAUAAAAUCAGACUAAAUACAAAGCAACGUGGAUUCAUUAUCUUUUCUUGUGCCCAUUAGGAACCGCCUUCGAGAUCACGCAAUCAGAUCAUUCACCCUCUUUCAGAAUCCAUUCAAAAAUGGAACCUCCUAUCAAUAGAUCGUAUCAGUGCUAAUGAACUACAUUGUUUCUUCUGAUAUCCGCUGUUGUCGUAGCUUUUUUCACAAACAAAUCGAUGCCUAUCGUUGGAGGGCCCGUUAUCUCACUGAUACGAUGUUUCCUAGACGCAGUGGGCAUUUCGUACCCAGGUGGGGGUCAUUUGAGCCGCGUUGUCGUCGUCGACGUCCAGGUGCAGUUAUACCCACCGUGAGUGCCCCACGACAAAAAGUCUCAAUUGCCUUACACAGGAUGCUCGUCAGUACUUACAAUACCCCGUGAUGAAGAAGUGCAGGGCAUUCCAUCGUCCUGUGCCCAGCUGGAGAGACCAAGUCUGAUUAGCCGAGACAUCUGAGAGCAGUCAUUUACAACUCCCCACGAUUCGAACUCGAGAUGGAGACCAUAAGAUCGAAGACCUUAGGAAUCGUAGACUGGAUAUUCUUCAGUUUACUGCUGGUGGUGUCGUUGGGCAUUGGCAUCUACAGCUCCGUCAGCGGGCGAGGGAAUCACUCGACCCAGGAGUACCUACUCGGCGGGAGACAGAUGCCUGUGGCACCUGUGGCCAUCUCUCUUUUGGGAGGAGUCAUCUCGGCCAUAUCUAUUCUAGGCCUGGCAACGGAGAUGUACUUCUUUGGCACCCAGUUGGCUUUGAACUUGGUGGGAUUCAUCUUCGGAACCUUGGUUGUCCAGUACGUCGUCUUGCCUGUGAUAUAUCCUCUGAAGAUCGUGUCGCUCAACGAGUACAUAUCAAUGAGAUACGGGUCGAACACCUUACGUAAACUGGUCACGAUCGUGUCUCUAAUCUGCAGCUUCAUAUACAUGGGCAUGUGCCUCUACGCGCCCUCGCUUACCCUCUCAACGGUGACGAGCCUGCCGUCGUGGGCGUCCAUAACCAUCAUGGGCGUCAUCUGCACCUUCUACAUUACGAUCGGAGGCGUGAAAGCCGUCGUGUACACGGAUGUCGUGCAGACGACCCUCAUGUUAUUUGGAGUCCUCGUCGUUGUCAUCAUCAGUUGCAGAGAUCUGGGAGGUGUUGGCAACAUUUUCCGCUUGGCGCAUGAAGGAGGCAGACUGGAGUUCUUUAACUUCGACCCCAAUCCACUGGUUCGCCACACGUUCUGGUCAGUGCAGAUUCAAGGAUUCUUCUCGAUGCUGUCGUGGGUAGGCUGCAAUCAGGCUUGCUACCAGAGAUUUGCCUCUGUCUCCAGUAUGACGUUAUCCAAGAGGCUAUGCACCCUCUUCAUAAUAGGCCUCUACGCCCUGUGGCUCACCUUCUACUUCUCGGGCAUCGUAGCCUAUGCCACCUACAAGGAUUGCGACCCUCUCACCUCCGGAAGGAUCGAGAAGCCCGAUCAAAUUCUGCCUUACCUGGUGUUGGAUAAGUUGUCGCACCUCACAGGCAUGGCUGGGAUCUUCGUCGCUGCCGUGUAUGGAGGUGUACUAAGUUCCCUCUCCUCUACGGGGAACUCCGUGGCGUGCAUCUUAUGGGAAGACCUACUGAGCGAUCUGAAGAUUUUCAAGGACAUCUCUGACGCAUCAGCUACGAAAGUCAUUAAGUUAAUCUCUGCUACAGCCGGGGUCAUUGGCAUAGGGCUAGGACUAGCCGCAGGCAAACUGGGAGACAUUUUCCAAGUCUCAGUGAGCAUCAGCAGCACUUUUUCAGGGUCCUUCGUCGGGAUCUUCGUGGCUGGAAUUUGUGCUCCUUGGAUCAAUAAGAAGGGAGCGUACGUUGGUCUCCUCGCCAGUCUCUCGUUCAACUUAUGGUUGGUGAUAGGAAAAUUCAUGAAAGGUCUCGGGUCUCCGGAGAAAUUACCUCUUUCUGUCGAUGGAUGUCCCGAGAACCUCCUUCACCUCGCGAAUACGACCCUGGGUUCCUUCGGGAAUCACACAGCCGCCGGGAUUUCGAUCAGCUCAAUCACCGGGGACGAUGCAAUCACCGAUUUCAAUACCGCAACGUUUCCAGAGGAGGAGCCCGAGAAACUGGCAAAAGAUAUUUACAACCUCAGUUACUGCUACACAGGUGCUCUUGGCAUCCUCCUCAACCUCCUGUUUGGUACCAUCGUCUCCUUCGUAACAGGGCCAGUCUCCCCGAAGGAUGUGGAACCUAGACUGGUAAGUUCCAGAUGCCUGUAUCUGUAUAGAAGGAUCUGGAAGAUCCUCGGACCCAGCGAAGGACUGACGUUAUCGAAAGAUGAUCAUCUCAUGGACAAGAUGGCUGCUGUGCCAAUGCUCGUCCUCGAGACACCGAGAAGUGCCGACAAACCUGAAUGACCGCUGUUGAGGUCAGCUUGUUUACAUUCACUUCGCGGCUGUGUUCGCCCGUAGGCUACCUAAAGCCCCGUCCACAUGGGUGAGCUGUGCCCGACAAACUUUGUUCGAUGUGACGUCAGAAGCGGAGAUACAGCGGGAGAGUUCUGACCAGUGCUGCCAAACCUGGGGGAAUUCCCCCAGAUCUGGGGGAAAUGGGGAUCGUCUGGGGGAAUUUGGCAAACAUUGCUGAUAAUCUGGGGGAAUUAAGCAAUAAGAUGAAUAUAUCGCUUAAAUUACGUUAUUUUUAAGAGAUAGCCAACAGUUUUGAAAUGGAUGUUGAAUUAUUUAAACAUAAAAUUCUCAACGAAGAAUGGUACAACUAUUUAGGAAAUGGAUGCAGUCGGAAAUUCCAAAUGCAUUCAUCUCCUUAAUAGUAUGUACCAUUCUUUCAGAUAUUGAUCCAAGUAAUAAAAAUAAUCGCAAAAGUCAUGAUAACAUUUACCUGGGAGGACUAGCGAUGACACAGCUAAUACAUGAACCAUUACCAAGUGAUAUUGUGAAAAGAUUCAAGAAUGACUGCCUGAAAUUCCUUGUCGAGCUCUGCAUUCAAAUAAGGGAGAGAUUUCCAUUUGAUGAAGACAGUGUAAUUACCGAGCUAAAUAUUCCUGAUCCAGCUGUUGCAUCAAACGUAAGUCUUUCGUCAUCAUCAAUAACUGGGAUUGCAAAGCAAUUUCCCUAAUUUAGCACCGCUAGCUCAAGUGAAUGAACUUGACGAUCAGUGGAGAAGUUAUCGGCUCACAGCUAAAGAGUUUUAUCUAUCGCAAGUGACAACAUCCCACAAUACUGGUAUAUUUUACGUUCCAUCAAAGAUGCCAUAGGCAAUUCCAAGUUUGCACUAAUUUCUGAAUUUAUGACAAAUCUAUCGUAUUUACCACAAGUGAACAACAUUAAAACUAGGAACACUAAUUCAUUAAAAGCACAAACAGUAGCUGAUAGAAUUUUGGCCAAACAAUCCAUCACGAAAAACAAUUCAAAAUGUACUAAUUGGGAACCAAGCAAGGCAUUAAUCAGUGAUGUAGAAAAGGGAAUAACAAGUGCCAAGUACAUUAAAUGUAUGAAAGAAAAUAAUAUAACAAUGAAUUUAGGGGCAGAAGAAGAGCAGGAAUAGCACUCGGAUCAACCAUUGAUAUGAAGGCCUAAACUUGAUUAAAAUGGACUUCAUUUAACUAAAUUUUAUUUUUAUUGUGAAUUUAGAGGCAAAAGAAGAGCAGGAAUAACACUUGGAUUAACCAUUGAUAUGUAAACUUGAUUAAAAUAUACUUCAUUUAACUAAAUGUUAGUUUUAUUACGAUCUGGGGGAUUUUAGUUGAAUCUGGGGGAAUUUUCACUGAGGUCCUGGGGGAAACUGAAAAAUUUCAUUGGCAGCACUGGUUCUGACGUCAGAAGUGGGGAGAGUUCUACUUUAGUUCUACUUUCCCCGCAGGGAAAGGCAGAAGUAGGGAGAGUUCUGACUUUCCCUGAUUAUGACGUCACAUCAAACUAAGUUCGUCGAGCAAAGCUCGACCGUGUGGACGGAGCCUAAAGGUGCGUCCACACGGUCUAACAAUGUUCGACGGACAAACAUUGUUACCAAUUAACAAUUGUCUGCCGGUCUUUGCCUCGUGAGCAGAGUAAAAACACUGGUAAACAACCUCAUCUGGUACCAUUGUUUGUUGCCAGAUCUACUUCAUUCGUUUCAACGCUUAUGACGUCAUCCUGCUUCGCCUAUGGUAACAAUGUUUGUCCGUCGGACAUUGUUCGACCGUGUGGACGCACCUUUAGUCUAACCCUGGAUGGGUUCUGUAACUGCAACACCCGCAGUUCAGGUUUUUGUUAACGUAACGCUUCUAUUCGGUCUACAAAAGGUCUCCCUACUGAAAGUAGGCGUGAGGAGGUAAAUUUUUACCUGUAAAUGAAAGACGAAACAUUAUGAUAACAAAAAUGAAAAAAAUAAAAACAAAAUAAGCAACAGGGAAGUGUUUAAAGAAAUGUGUCAUGAAUAAAUUUCUACCUUUGUGUUUCUCUUACGAACGUUCGAACGCAAUUCAUUAAAGUUGAAUAAUGCGGGAGCAGGCUGCGCCUCCUGCAACGGUGACGAUCAUAAACGAGAACAUAAUACACGAGAAAGAUAAAAAUUGUUCAGAUUUUUUUU